AUGUCUAACAUCUUAGAUGUAUUCCAACCCCCGGAAGGAAGGGACUUGAGCGAUGAGGAGUGUCUCGGCUGCACUGCAGUGCAGACUUUCAUGUCGCUCGCUGGUGGUUCUUACUUUCUUUCGUCGAUGCCUUUUAAAAACAAGAAGGGAGUUGUCGAUUUGAAGACACACCCAUUGUGGUUUCAACGAGGCAUUCGUGGUGGUGGGAUUGUUUUGAUUGCAUUAGGAAUGUAUCGAUUGGGCGAAGUUGCUCAGAUUAUCUAUAAGCGUAGAUCUUAG